UUCGACCGGUUCAUCACACAAGGAGACGAAAACAUGUCAGUAAUAACAUGUUCGAUGAAUUACAUAGCUAUGGCACUAAAUUUGAUCGAAAAAACUUGUUUUGAUUCAGAAAUUGGUGGCCACAAACAUAUGCGUUUGUUGUACGAAAAAUACGAAAACGCGUUACAUGAAGCUUUUAUUGCGAUGGUCUGGAACAAUUGCAAUGCGUAUAAAAAUAUAUUGGAUGGUGAACGUGUGGCCUUCAUGAUUAACGGACAGCUGAUCGAUGACAAAUUUACUCUCGUCCCUAAUAUCAACAUCAUACGCACAACAUUAAUCAAGGCUAUGGACGAUACUUUGAACCGAUUAAAAUCAGUGCCCAGAUGGCUGAGAACCACCAAUGUUCUAUGCCCGUUCGUCAAUAUCAUGGGCACGGACGAAUCACAUUUGCCCUAUGCAUAUUACACUCACGUGGCGAAAUGCAAAAAUUUGUACGACAUAAAAAAAGAAUGUUAUAGUUCCAUCAGAAAACUUGUCAACCGGUUGCAAAUAGCAGUACAGAAGUUUGCAGGAUUUGGUUUCAUGUUCGAAAAACGAAACAAAUUGAUAAUCGAUCAGUUUUCUGAAACAAAUCCUACACUAGCUGAUUACAAAGAGAAGUUGAAAUAUUUCCUCACGCUAUCGACCCGUGUUGAAUGCGAGUUGCACAUUGACUAUGGCUGUAUACGAAUCGACGUUUCCAAUUAUAUCAUUGUGCUACGAGAAAGGUGUGAUUUUUGGCAUUCAGUUUACGGGAAUCAAUUGAUACUCGAAUGUGACAGUAUUAUGGCAAAGUUUUCUCAAAGGAUCAUGUCAUUAGAAAAGCAGUUAAAUAAUCAUUUUCGAAAUUGCCAAGGACUUGACAUAGUGGAAAAAGCUAUUAAAAAUAUCAGACAAACAGUAUUUCAUGCUGAUUCCACAUUUCAUGAAAUACAUAAUCGAUUCCAUUUCAUGAUGCAACAUAAAAUAACUGUGCCAAAUUAUCAAUUAAGCCACUUCAAAGAUGUACAAAACCACUGGCAGAAUUUGUGCAAAGAUGCGUUAAGCAGGAACUUAUGUUUUGAAAAUGCAAAAUCGGGUCUUGUUACAAUUAACACCAUAUAAAUGUUCUGUAUUUAUAUGUAUAAUAGUUAGUCUCAUAAUGUGAUUGUAUAAGUAUUUUACCUAUAUACAAUUAAACGUUAGAUAUAAAUAUAUUAUUUAUUUUGGAAAAACAAGAAUCAAUAUGAUAAAUGCUAUUAUAGUGAAAAAACCUUUAAAAGUACUAACUUUUUUAAAGAGAAGAUUUUAUGUAUCUACUCAGAAGUCAUUUGUUGUCAAAGAAAAAUUACGUAAAUGUUGUAAUGUAUAGGUAAUAAACAAAUAAUUAGUAUUUAUAUGCUUGAGAUGCUUGAGUUAUAAGUCUAUAAUAAAGUAUGAUUGUAUAAUGUUGUUCAUUUUCCAUUAAUUAUUAUGAUAAAAUCAGGACUUAAAACCGUUUCCAAAAUUAUAGGUAAUCGGCUCCGGUAGGACCCGAAAUUUUUUUAAGAACCGGUUGCCAGUUAUCUUGUUCUGAGAAUUGCCGUCUACCGGUGUGGUAUCACCCGUAUUGGAUAAUAUGCGGUAAACCAACUAUAUGCCUUACCUCCGUACACUCUAAGCUAAUGACUAUCUCUAGAAUAAAUUCAGAUUAAUGCA